AUGACCGAAUACAAGCUAGUGGUGGUAGGGGCUGGUGGCGUGGGUAAAUCCGCAUUGACUAUACAGCUGAUACAAAAUCAUUUCGUAGACGAAUACGAUCCAACGAUCGAGGAUUCAUACAGAAAGCAAGUUGUAAUCGAUGGUGAAACAUGUCUCCUGGAUAUCUUAGACACGGCCGGUCAAGAGGAGUACUCCGCGAUGCGAGAUCAGUAUAUGCGCACGGGCGAAGGAUUCCUGCUCGUUUUCGCGGUGAACAGUGCAAAAAGUUUCGAGGACAUUGGGUCUUACAGGGAGCAAAUUAAACGAGUGAAGGACGCAGAGGAAGUCCCUAUGGUGCUCGUGGGCAACAAGUGCGACCUUCAGGCGUGGGCCGUGGACAUGACGCAGGCGCGAGAGGUAGCGCGGAGUUACGGCGUUCCGUUUGUAGAGACGUCAGCAAAGACUCGCAUGGGCGUCGACGACGCCUUCUACACACUAGUCCGGGAGAUCCGCAAGGAUAAGGAGAGCCGUGGCAAAAAGUAUAGGAGAGGGAACAAGAUCGGCUCACGGCGCAGGAUUAAGUGCGAACUAUUG